AUGAAAACUACAGCGCACAAUCCGAAGUAUAAUACCAGAAUCACAUCUGUUGCAACCAACGCAGUGAUUGUUGGACGCGGCGAUUGGAGGCGUGUAAAGAAAGAAGCAAAACAUUUAACACCAGAGCAAAGAAAGCAAAUUGCCCUUAACGACGAGAAAACUAAACAAGAGCAAUUACUUCAAAUCACAAAGAAGCGCGAAAAUCUUAUAGAUACUCAAACAAAGCCAGAAGUUAUUACAAGAAAUCUACAGACAUUAAAUACUUUUGAAGAAAGAGACUACGCACUUCAAAUUGCCGAUACUAAAGCAGAUGAAGACUUAGAUGAAGUCAAAAAGAUCAAUAGCGAAAUGGUUGCAGCUAAAGCAAGAACAUUCCGCGAUCAGCAGCUUGAAAUCCACAGACAGAUGAAGGAAGAUGAAAAGGCUGAAGAGCGCAGUAUCGCUGAUAUGCUCGAAGAAAACAGGCAAAGAGCUAAAUCUCAUUAUGACGAACGUGAAGCAUCGUUAAAGGAGCAGCGUCGUCGUGGCCGUGCAAUCAUCGAAUUACAGAUCGAAGAGCACAAGAUCAACUCCAUUCUUGAAGCCGAGCGUCGUGAUCGCGAAGCCAAAGCUCUUGCUAUCCAAAACGAGCAGAUCCGUCAAGAAGAUGAGCGUAUUCGUGCUGAGCAAAAGGCCAGACAGCAAGCCUUCCUUCACGAUUGCAUUGCCAUGGAGGAAGCUCUUGUUAAACGUAAAGCCGAAGAAAAGCGCCAGGAACAAGAACUCGCACAGAUGACAAUUGAUUACGCAAACGAGAAAGCUCUUAAAGAAGAAGCUCGCGAGCGCCAAAUCUUAGCUCAAAAGCGUCUUAAAGAGCGCGAAAUCCAAGAAAUCCGCUCCAAACAACAACGCGCUAUUGAUACUAAAGCCAUCCGUGAUGAGAUGAUGGCACAGCGCGUCCAGGAGGAGCAGGCACGUGCAGCUGCCGAGAAGGAAGAAGCCGAACAGAUGGCAAAGAUCACAGCUGUCAUGAAAUUGAAGAAAGACCGCGCAGACAUGAUCAACUCCAAGAAAUUAGAUCAGCUCGAACAACAGGCAAGAGAACGCAGGGAAUACGAGAUGAUGCUCGAGCAGGCAGAGACAAAGAAGCAGAAGGCACUCGCUGAUUACACAGCAAAGAUCGAGGCUGACCAGAAGUAUCGCGAGGAACUUAAACAAACAGUCGAAUUAAGAGAAUUGUCAAGGAAGAUUGAUCCAGAUGCAAAGAACAGAGAAAAGGCAAAAAUGCAGGCUGAACAAGAUGCUUACAUGCAGAGAGUUGAGAGAAUUAGACAGAAGAAACUCGCAGAGCUAGAGGCUGCGGGUGUUCCUGAAAAGUAUCGUGCUGAUAUUAAGAAUUUGAAGUUCAAAUCACAAUAA